AUGAUCAAUGAAGUGAUAGAUCUUGCUCAAGCUGGCUGUAUGCCAGGUAGAAAUAUUUCUGAUAACAUACUGCUGGCAACUGAGCUCAUUAAAGGUUAUAACACAAAGCACAUCUCUCCUAGAUGUAUGAUGAAAGUUGAUCUCAAAAAGGCAUAUGAUUCUAUUGAAUGGCCUUUUCUCCAGAUGAUGAUGAAUAAAUUGGGUUUUCCCUCCAGAUUCAUUAAUUGGGUUAUGGCUUGUGUUUCUUCAGUGUCUUUCUCCAUUUUGAUCAAUGGGGCUCCCUGUAAGCCAUUUAAGGCCAAGAAGGGAUUGAGACAAGGGGACCCAAUGUCCCCUUUUCUAUUUGCAAUUGGCAUGGAGUACUUAUCUAGGUGUUUGGGCAGCCUCAAACACAAUCCAGAUUUCAAUUUCCACCCCAGAUGUGAGAGGCUUCACAUCACUCAUCUGAUGUUUGCAGAUUAUCUCUUGAUGUUUGCUAGAGCAGAUGCUAGUUCCUUGUAG